AUGUCCGCCAUUGUUGCUCGACCAAGCUCGCACCAGACUACCAAGCCGCCGAUCAGAGCUCAGACCAGACCACCUGGAGCCACUUUUGACGGCUCGAAAUCUGGAGAGGAGCUGCGGGACCAACGAAGUCGGGCUGAGGAGAAUUGUCUGAAUAAGGCCCAAUUGAGGACUUCAAAGACGAGUCAGAAUCCUGGGAAACGAUUCUAUGGUUGUAAGAAAUGGAAGGAAGGAGGGUGCACUUUUUUCAUGUGGGCCGAGCCAACUUCUCAAGUCAACUUAGAAACUUCAUCUGGUAUGAAUAAUCGAGAUUUGGGUUGUAAGGCUCAAGAAUCUGAAAUUAAGAUUGUUUUGCUGAAGGCUGAAUUGAAAGUUCUGAAGAUGAAGAUUGCAAUGCUUGAAGAUUCCAAUGGGAAAUUUGAUUCUCAAGUGAAGUUGAUGAUGGACAGGAUGAAGAGAAUUCACUUGUUUAUUGUUGUGGACUGA